UUGGCUGCCGCGGGCAUCGUAUAACGAGCCGGGAGCAGACCGGAAGGUCCGGAUGCGGAACGUGCUCAUUCCACUGGGCCCGCGAGCUGCCCCGGCGUGGACCAGCGAGCUUCCUGACGUGCUCCGCGCCCUCCCGCAACUACUUCCGGGGCGGGCUACGGGGGUGGCGGCCCAGCCAGGGAGCUUGGCGGCAAGCGGCUCGCGGGUCUGGCGGCUGUGGCCCGAGGGCGGCGCGAGGCCUGAGGCCCAGCACAGUGAUGUCCGAGCUCAGUGAUGAAGCCAGCGAGCCUGAACUCCUGAACCGCAGCUUGUCCAUGUGGCAUGGGCUAGGGGCGCAGGUUAGCCAGGAGGAGCUGGACGUCCCCCUGGAUCUUCACACAGCUGCCUCCAUUGGCCAGUAUGAAGUGGUUAAGGAUUGCGUGCAGCGGAGAGAGUUAGAUUUGAAUAAGAAGAAUGGUGGUGGCUGGACCCCGCUGAUGUAUGCCUCCUACAUUGGCCACGACACCAUCGUGCACCUGCUGCUGGAGGCGGGGGUGAGUGUGAAUGUGCCGACCCCAGAAGGGCAGACUCCACUGAUGCUGGCCUCCAGCUGUGGCAACGAGAGCAUCGCCUACUUUCUUCUCCAGCAAGGUGCAGAGCUGGAAAUGAAAGACAUCCAGGGCUGGACAGCCCUGUUCCACUGCACCAGCGCCGGGCACCAGCACAUGGUCAGGUUCCUCUUGGACAGUGGAGCCAAUGCCAACGUGAGGGAGCCGAUAUAUGGAUUUACUCCUUUGAUGGAAGCAGCUGCGGCUGGCCAUGAGAUAAUCGUGCAGUAUUUUCUGAAUCAUGGAGUCAAGGUGGAUGCAAGAGACCACAGUGGAGCCACAGCCCGGAUGCUGGCCAAGCAGUACGGGCACAUGAAGAUCGUGGCCUUGAUGGACACUCAUUCACCCUCUCUGCCCAAGAGCCUCUAUCGGAGCCCAGAAAAAUACGAAGAUCUGAGUUCUUCUGAUGAGUCCUGCCCUGCUCCUCAGAGACAGAGGCCGUGCCGGAAGAAGGGUGUCAGCAUCCACGAGGGGCCGAGAGCACUGGCCAGGAUCACAGGCAUUGGCCUUGGGGGCAGGGCCCCACGGUGUCGCUAUGAGCAGGCACCUCUCCGCGGCUAUGUCACCUUCAACAGCAGUGGUGAGAACCCGCUGGAAGGAGAGGGCCUCUGCUGCCGGGAUGUCACCUCCCCCAUCAACGAGCGGGACAUAGAAAGCAGCAGCAGCAGCAGCAGUCGGGAGGGACAUGCUUUCUGUGUCAACCUGGGGCCCGUCAGGAGCAGCAGCAGCAGUGAGGGCCUGGCCAGAGCACAAGGGCUCAGCAGCGAAGCUUCUGUGGAGAGCAACGAGGACUCGGAUCACGCCUGUAAAAGUUCAGUUCGCAGACAAGCUAAAAGCUACCUGAAGACGAAGAAUCCCGACAGCCAGUGGCUGCCCUGCCCUGGGACUGACAGGGAAGCCCUUCCCCCCGAGUCCAGGCCCCAGACUCAGAGGGCACCCUACUCAGGACCCCAGGACCUGGCCGCGCUGCUGGAGCAGAUUGGCUGUCUGAAGUACCUGCAGCUGUUUGAGGAGCAGGACGUGGACCUCCGCAUCUUUCUGACCCUCACCGAGAGCGACCUGAAGGAAAUUGGCAUCACGCUGUUUGGGCCCAAGAGGAAGAUGACAUCCGCCAUCGCCCGUUGGCACAGCAGUGCCCGCCCGCCUGGGGACGCCCUGGAGCUGGCCUAUGCCGACAGGCUAGAGGCUGAGAUGCAGGAGCUUGCCAUCCAGCUGCACAAGCGCUGCGAGGAGGUAGAGGCCAUUCGGGGCCAGGUGUGCCAGGAGCAGGAGCUGCGGGCCGUGGUGGAGAGCUGCCUGCUGGAGCAGGACCGCGCCCGCGAGGAUAUCCAGGCCCAGCUUCGGGAGACGUGGGCCCUAGCCCGGGAUGCUGCCCUCAUCCUGGACCAGCUGCGGCCUCUGCCCUCACCAGCACUUGUUCCUGUGUCUGGCAGAGCCUGUCAAGAUGAGCUGUCAGCCCGAGUGAGGCGGGACCAGCCCCCUGGUGCAGCCCCUCUGGGCCCUGCCCUCCCGCCAGCGGAAUCCAAGGGCUGGCAAGUGUCCCUGCAGGCCAUGAGCCUCCCCGAGCUCUCAGGAGCCCUGGAGGACCGUGUUCGUGAGAUGGGACAAGCACUGUGCUCAGUGACCCAGAGCCUGGAGAAGCUGCAGGUGCUGAACGGGAAGAAGUGGCGGGAGCCCUAGCCCUCAGCCGAAUCUGACGUUGGGUGAUUGGUCCACCCUGAAGCUGUGUGCCAGGGAGUGAGGGCAGUGAGCAGGUGGCUGCUGUGUGCAGCGCAGGCCCAGGCAGGGCCAGAGGAUCAGGCCCCGGGAGCAGCCGGCAGACAGAGGCAAGAUGGGAGCUGCAGCCGUGGCUGGGCAGCUUGGGCCGGCACAGAGGUGGGACAAGGAACUCACCCCGAGCCUGGCAGUGAGGCCAGAAUGCAUGGGCUGCCCUGGCCCCGACCAGGCAGGGCCCUGGAGGAAGUGUGCCCGUACACACACACACACACACACAGGUGCCAAAUGACGUGUGACCUUCGGGGUGAGAACAGGGCACCUGGAAAAUGCCAUUUGUUGGAAAAUAAAAUUUACGAUCAGCUA